CUAGUCCCGCCCUCCUGAUCCUCUUGCCGCAGGAUUCUCUGAAGACGUCUCUGCGUCUCAAUACGUCAAUAUUACAAGGGGGAAGAGGAGGAGGGGACUUGUGAGUCGCCAACAUGUCGAGCAAAAGGGCCAAGGGAAAGAACACCAAGAAGCGUCCUCAGCGCGCCACCUCUAACGUGUUCGCCAUGUUCGACCAGUCCCAGAUCCAGGAGUUCAAAGAGGCCUUCAACAUGAUUGAUCAAAACAGGGACGGCUUCAUCGACAAGGAGGACCUGCACGACAUGUUGGCCUCUCUAGGUAAAAACCCCACCGACGACUACCUGGAGGCCAUGAUGAACGAAGCCCCGGGUCCCAUCAACUUCACCAUGUUCCUCACCAUGUUCGGGGAGAAGCUGAACGGCACCGACCCCGAGGACGUCAUCCGCAACGCCUUCGCCUGCUUUGACGAGGAGGGCACCGGUCUGAUCCAGGAGGAGCAGCUGCGCGAGCUGCUGACCACCAUGGGCGAUAGGUUCACGGACGAGGAGGUGGACGAGCUCUUCCGGGAGGCGCCCAUCGACAAGAAGGGCAACUUCAACUACGUGGCGUUCACACGCAUCCUCAAGCACGGCGCCAAGGACAAAGACGAUUAGCUAGCAAGCAACCAACCGACCGCCGGAGGAGUUUUUCCUGUGUAUAUUUCCGUUGUCGUGUGUUUUGUAUAGCCCACUGCGAGGUUGUCAUGUAGCUGCUUCUUGCUCAUUUGCACAUCACUAAGAAUCUGUAUAAACCUCAACAUAUGUAUGUACUACAUGAAUAAAAACUGUUACUGUGA